UUAAGCAACACCCGACGGAUACACGACAGAAGACGAGGAGGGAUGGACCUCUUUUUUCUCUCUUUAACGUUCUCAUUUUCUCCGUUUAUUAUUUUUUGACUUUUUUAUUUUAUUUAUUUAUUUAUUUUUUUUUGCCUUCACCACCUGUAGCUGAGUGAGGAUAUUCCUUUGCGAUAUAUAUAAAAUACAAAAAAAUACAAAAAAACAUCGAAAGGAGAAAGGGGCUAAAGCAUGGCGAGGAAGGAAUUUGUACUCACAUAGCAGACAAGUCAUCUGUCGGGGAGCUCGCCAUUUCUCUCUCGUCGGUCAUAUUCCUGUGGAGGAAGAAGAGGAAGAGGCGGCCAUGGGCAAGGAGGAGUGUAAAACUAUGCUCGACGCGCUGAACAAAGUGACGGCCUGCUACCGGCACCUGGUCGUGGCGCUGGGCAGCACUUCGGACUCGCAGAACUUGCGGGAGGAGCUGAAGAGGACCCGCAAGAAGGCGCAGGAGCUGGCCGCGGCCAACCGGACUAAGCUCACCUCGCUGCUGAAGGACAAGAGCCUCAGCAAGGAGGACCGCGCCGAGUACGAGCGCCUGUGGGUGCUCUUCUCCAGCAGCAUGGACCUGCUGGAGGUGGACAUGAAGCGCUCGCUGGAGAUAGGCCAGGACUUCCCGCUCAAAGUGCCCACGCGGCACCUCAUCCAGACGGGCAUGACGGGCAGCACCGGGCCGGUGGCGGCGCGCGCCAUGAGCGUGCAGAACAUGAAGUACGAGGCCGACAGCAACAUCGACACCGCCGACCUGCGCGACCUGCAGGCGGAGAUCUGCCAGGUCAGCCAGAUGAUGGAGGAGAUGGAGAUGAAGGUGCAGGUGGCGCCGUGGGCCGUGGAAGCCAAGCAGGAGGCGGGCGCCGAGCUCAAGUCCAACAUGAGUGUGGGAAAUUCCUCCGUGGGCGUCAUCUCCAUCUGCGAGGAGGAACCCAAGGAUGAGGACGGGGGAGGUGGCAGGGACGCCGGCUUGGCGUCCAUCUGUGCCGUGGUGGUGUUCUUUGUCAUUGUCACCGUGGCCGUGGUCCUGGGAUAUCUGGUCAUCAACAUGUCCUGAAACAGUGCACAAACCCGGUUUGACCACGACAUCAUCCAUGAUGAAGACAGAUCGUUCGUCAAAUCCCAAUGUGCUUCAAGACGGACCUCUAGGAGUUGUUCUUUAAGGCACCAGUUCACCGUAAACUGUGUUCCUUUAUCAGGGUUUUCUUGCAAACAGUGUUGAAUGUAUACAUUGCAACAUGUAUAUACAUAUACGAAUAGAGGUUUUGUACAAACAAGUCUUCUGUGUCAGAUAAUGUACAUACAAUCAAGUAUAUUUAUGAUAAUAAAACUGUGAAAUGCACAAAUAAUGUUUGAAUGUUUCUAUACAGACACAAGCACUCCUUUAGAGAUUAUCUUCCCGGUUUUAAAAGUGCCAAAAGUCAACCCUUAACUUUGUAAUCACCGCAAAGCUUCUUGCAGGUAUUUUAAGCAGAUGACGAUUAUUAAGUUGGACGUAACCACCUUAAGGUUUAACGGCGUUCAAUUUUCCAAUGGCCACUCUUUAUCUGUCGGCCUGCCUGGCUAAUGGUUUUACUUCUAAGAGUAUUUGCGUAUUCCUGGAAUAGUGGAGGACAUGUUAAGGCUGACAGCUGAGGCUUCAUAUAGAGAGAGAAAGGGUGGGGGUUGGUUGGUGUGCUAAUGCCAGUCAAGUAGUUCACUGGGACACCAAAGAUUUCAUGCAACGUCACUAAAAAGCAGGGGAAAAACAAGAGAGAAAGUGGUCAUUUUACAUGUGAUGCUUUUGGUUUAUCCUUUGAAAAGUGAUUUAAGAAUUGUUUCAUGCUACUCAUUCGGGUUUGGCC